UGUGCAGAGCCGGUCGCCAUGUCCGCGGGGAGCGCGACGCAUCCUGGAGCUGGCGGGCGCCGCAGCAAAUGGGACCAACCAGCUCCAGCGCCCCUUCUCUUCCUCCCACCAGCAGCCCCAGGUGGGGAGGUCACCAGCAGUGGGGGAAGCCCAGGGGGCUCCACAGCUGCUCCUUCUGGAGCCUUGGAUGCUGCUGCUGCUGUGGCUGCCAAGAUCAAUGCCAUGCUCAUGGCCAAAGGGAAGCUGAAACCAACUCAGAAUGCUGCUGAGAAGCUUCAGGCCCCUGGCAAAGGCCUGACUAGCAAUAAAAGCAAGGAUGACCUGGUAGUAGCUGAAGUAGAAAUCAAUGAUGUGCCUCUCACAUGUAGGAACUUGCUGACUCGAGGACAGACCCAAGACGAGAUCAGCAGGCUUAGUGGGGCUGCAGUAUCAACUCGAGGGAGGUUCAUGACAACUGAGGAGAAGGCCAAAGUGGGACCAGGGGAUCGUCCAUUAUAUCUUCAUGUGCAGGGCCAGACCCGGGAAUUAGUGGAUAGAGCUGUAAACCGAAUCAAAGAAAUUAUCACCAAUGGGGUGGUGAAAGCUGCCACAGGGACAAGUCCAACUUUUAAUGGUGCAACAGUCACCGUCUAUCACCAGCCAGCACCCAUCGCUCAGCUAUCUCCAGCUAUUAGCCAGAAGCCGCCUUUCCAGUCAGGGAUGCAUUAUGUUCAAGAUAAAUUAUUUGUGGGUCUAGAACAUGCUGUGCCCACUUUUAAUGUCAAGGAGAAGGUGGAAGGUCCAGGCUGUUCCUAUUUGCAACACAUUCAGAUUGAAACAGGUGCCAAAGUCUUCCUACGGGGCAAAGGUUCAGGCUGCAUAGAGCCAGCAUCUGGCCGAGAAGCUUUUGAACCUAUGUAUAUUUACAUCAGUCAUCCCAAACCAGAAGGCCUAGCUGCUGCCAAGAAACUCUGUGAGAAUCUUUUGCAAACAGUUCAUGCUGAAUACUCUAGAUUUGUGAAUCAGAUUAAUACUGCUGUACCUUUGCCAGGCUAUACACAACCCUCUGCUAUAAGUAGUGUCCCUCCUCAACCACCAUAUUAUCCAUCCAAUGGCUAUCAGUCUGGUUACCCUGUUGUUCCCCCUCCUCAGCAGCCAGUUCAACCUCCCUAUGGAGUGCCAAGUAUAGUGCCACCAGCUGUUUCAUUGGCACCUGGAGUCUUGCCAGCAUUACCUACUGGAGUCCCACCUGUGCCAACACAAUACCCGAUAACACAAGUGCAGCCUGCAGCUAGCACUGGACAGAGUCCGAUGAGUGGUCCUUUUAUUCCUGCUGCUCCUGUCAAAACUGCCUUACCUGCUGGUCCCCAACCCCCGCCCCAGCCCCAGCCCCCACUCCCAACUCAGCCUCAGGCACAGAAGAGGCGAUUCACAGAAGAGCUACCAGAUGAACGAGAGUCUGGACUUCUUGGAUACCAGCAUGGACCCAUUCAUAUGACUAAUUUAGGUACAGGCUUCUCCAGUCAGAGUGAGAUUGAAGGGGCAGGAUCGAAGCCAGCAAGUUCCUCAGGCAAAGAGCGAGAGAGGGACAGGCAGUUGAUGCCUCCACCAGCCUUUCCAGUGACUGGUAUAAAAACUGAGUCUGAUGAAAGGAAUGGGUCUGGGACCUUAACAGGGAGCCAUGAUUAUCCAGCCAAGAAGAUGAAGACUACAGAAAAGGGGUUUGGCUUGGUAGCUUACGCUGCAGAUUCAUCUGAUGAAGAGGAGGAACAUGGAGGUCAUAAAAAUGCAAGUAAUUUCCCACAGGGCUGGAGUUUAGGCUAUCAGUACCCUUCAUCACAGCCACGCGCUAAACAACAGAUGCCAUUCUGGAUGGCCCCAUAGGAAACAGUGGACCAGAAUUUUGACCCUCAGUGACUCUUCUUUAGCAAUAAUGCAUGUAUUUGAUUUGACAAGACUCUGGGGCCUGUACUGAGAACCAUCUUGGACCUUUGCAGAAGUUAGAGAUGCAGUGUCCCCUUCCUAAAGGGGCUCCAUUGUUUUUAAAACAUCCUUAUUUCUACAGUGGCAUAGCAUCUGUUAAAAUUUACUUAGAAUCACAAACUUGUCUCUGAAGCUUUUUUUAACAGUGGAUGAAAUGUGCGUGUUCAACAAAGCAUCCCAACUGGGUCAUUCCCUUAUACACCUGACUGGGCCCAGGCUUUUCCAAACGAAUAGCCCCUACUCUGAUGUGAAGAAAGUUUUAUUUGUAUUUUACUACUGUUGAGUCAAUUUUGAUAACAACUGGUUACAUACAAAGCCUUACUAUUUAUUAGUGGGGAAGUGAUUUUAGGACCAUCCUUUACUUUCAGCACUUAAUUCUAAGUGAUUCUCAUUCAUAUUUCACCUUUGGAUUCUUUUUCUUUGGAAAAUGCCAUUUUACUAAAUUAAAACUGUUGGAUAUAGCUGGAUUCUGGGCAAGAAAAUGAAUUUUUUUGUUGUUGUUACAUCUUUUUUUGGGGAUGAUCCAAAGCUGGCCUUCAUGCACAGUUGUCUCAGCCAUUGGUUUUUUUUUUUUUUUCCAAUUGCCCUCAUAAGCUCCUUGUCUUCAGCUGAGUCAGAGAAAACUACUUGACCAAAAGCUGGUCGGAACUCAUUACAGAAAUGAAACACAGUGGUGUCUCUCUCUCUCAGAACUGGCUGAAGGUAAAAUAGAGAGAUUUGACUGCUCGCAGUAGGAUGGUGGACUUAGUGACUGAAAUUGCAACUUGUCCUUUUUCUUGGCAUUACAGGUUUUGCCAAAACAACUUUUUUGUAUCAAAUAUUGAUGUGUGAAAGUGAAGGAGCUAGUCUGCUGAACCAGAAGUAGUUUGAGAUACUGAACUGUCAUUUUUGCACAUUUGAAUACUUUGCAGGCUGGCUUUGUAUAAACAUGUCCUCUGGUUUCCUAUAUGUUGUAAAUAUUUAGACCAUAAUUUCAUUAUAAAUAAAUGUACAAAUA